CCAGGUGUACGUGGCUGGUGAGCUGGACCGGGAGAGGCAGGCCGAGUACACCCUCACCGUCACCGUCACCGACGGGAAGUUUACGGCCAACACGACUGUUACUGUGACAGUCAUUGACAUCAACGACAACGGUCCGGUGUGCAAGGAGCCAAUCUACCGUCGGGAGAUCUCUGAGGAUGCCACCCCAGGCACCCAGGUGGCCUCUGUUGUGUCCUGGGAUGCCGAUGAAGGCACUGCUGCCUGGAGCCGCUACAUUCUCACCGGGGACAGCGCCCACCACUUCAGUAUUGACCAGCUGAAUGGCCACGUGGCCACAGCCACCCAGCUGGACAGAGAGGCACGGGACCACUACCACCUCACUGUUUAAUCGCACUCUAUAUGAAGCUUACGUGGAGGAAAAUUCAUCUCCUGGCCAGCUAGUCAUCAACCUGGUGGCCACGGACCUUGAUGCCUGGGACCUGGGCAAGCUGCAGUACACCAUCCUGCACCAGACUUCAGAGGGAGCCUUCACCGUGGACAAAGAAGGCAACCUAUACACUGAGACACCUCUGGAUCGCGAGUCCCUGCCCAUGCACAGCCUCAAGGUGUCUGUGAUGGACGAGGGGGGCCGGGCCAGCUUCACGGCGGUGCGUGUGACGGUCCGCGACAAGAACGACAACCCACCAGUCUUCACGUUGCCGGAGUAUCAGGCGAACAUCAACACUGACUUGGCUCCCAGGACAACCAUUCUCAAGGUGGGGAACACUGGGCAGGGAGGAGUUAGGCCCCGUUCACACCGUGGCAACGCUGGGCCAUGACAACUCAGCGACUUUUAGGCCCCCAUCACACUGUGCCGACUCGGCAUCUGACAAUCGUUUCUAGACCUCUUUCCGACCAUGUGCGACCCUUUCACAUCAGCAUUUCACACCCAAGACCUUGUGUGCCCUUAGUCGCUGGGUUGUCAUGGCCCAGAGUCAGCACAGUGUGAAUGGCGCCUUAAUCAACUAAUUUCCUUUAUGGCCUUUGGAAAUAUUUGUUGAGAGACCCAAAAUAGUCUAAGAAUGGACUGUAUUGGCUAUACAGGCAGCGCCACAUGUGGCCACUCAACUCCAAGCUGAAUUUCCCAUAGAGUUCAAGUUAUAGACUAGAGUGCGUCUGAGGCUGUCUCAGGGAUACACGGCCAUGAUGCCGCCAUCGCCCCCAGCCGAUGAUUGCACACUCUUCACUCCUACCCGAUUUCAGUUUUUCUCCAUGUCAAAUAGUAGUCAGGAAAUCGGGUAGGAGGAAAGUGUGUGCAGUCGUUGGCUUGGAGCGGUGGCGGCACCAAGGCCUUGUAUCCUGGA